UAACCGGGGGAGUCAUUCCAUAACACGCGUUCAACACAACGGCGCAUCCUCGUUUUCUGAUCGUUAACUUUGUCAAAAUGGACCGUUAGAACCCUCCUUACAAAUCUUUAAAUUUCGCCCACGUUCCUCCUGUUCGAACUCCAGCCAGUUCGCGGAUCACAGAAAUUGUGAGUCCGAUAAAAAUAUCGAGGGAUUAAAUUUUAUCGCAAGAUUUUUGCACAAAUAAAUAGUAAUUUUAUUUGGAGGAUGUAACGAUGUAUAAAGUAACGAAUUAAGAGUUCUUCUUGCGAUGUUCAUCAUGGAAGGAUCCUGGGUCACGUUAGUUCUGUCGUCGUUUUUAAUGACGAUCGUUUUGCUGUUACUAGUGCGACGAGGAAAAUUUCUGUAUGCUUUGAGGAAGGUGCCUUAUCCUCCUGCUUUACCUAUCAUUGGGAAUGCGUAUCAAUUAUGUUGCAGUCCAGAAGAAGCAUUCAAGAAAAUGAUAAAAUGGGGGAGAGAACUGGGAGAUAUACAUCUAAUUUGGGUUGGAAUGCGUCCAUUCAUUUUUCUUUACAACGCAGAAGCAAUACAACCAUUGUUAAGCAGCAGCAUUCACAUAGACAAAAGUUUAGAAUAUAAGUAUUUGCGACCCUGGCUUGGUACAGGGUUAGUGACUAGCAGUGGCAAUAAAUGGCACUUUCGACGAAAAUUGCUUACGCCAACCUUUCAUAGCGGUCUUCUAGAAGUAUAUUUAAAAACAACAAUCAGAGAAGCCGAAAUAUUAAUAUCCUGUUUGAAGAAAGAAAUUGAUAAACCUGCGUUUGACAUUGUUCCAUACAUUAAACGAGCAACAUUGGAUAUAAUAUGUGACAGUUCCAUGGGAUGUAAUGUCAACGCACAAACAAAUUUUAAAAACGAAUAUGUGCAGGCUGUGAAUACACUAGCUUCUAUCUCGCAAAGGAGAUUUUUAAACGUUUGGAUGUCUCUUGAUCCCAUCUUUAAAUUAACUUCAUGGGGUCAAAAGCACGAUCAUGCACUUCGUGUCACUCAUGAAUUCGUUAAUAAAAUAAUUGCAGAAAGAAAAGAAGAGUGGAAAGCUAAAAAAUAUGAAAACAGUAACGUACAAUUUAACAAACAUCGAGCUCUGCUAGAUCUGUUAUUAGAAUUAUCGCAAGAUGGUAAAGUGCUCACCGAUGAUGAUAUUCGCGAUGAAGUUAACACGUUUAUGUUCGCGGGUCAUGACACUACGGCGAAUAGUGUAUCCUGGAUUUUAUAUGUACUUGGUCGGCACCCUCAAUAUCAGGAAAAGAUUCUUAAUGAGUAUUAUGAAGUAACAAAAGAAAAAAAGUUAACUUUAGAUCUGUUAAGUAAGCUAACAUGGUUAGAAGCAUGUAUAAAAGAAUGCUGGAGGAUUUAUCCAGUAGUUCCACUCAUUGCAAGACAAAUCUAUCAUCCUAUUACCAUUUUGGGUCACAAUAUUCCAAUAGGAUCUACAGUUGUUGUCAAUUCGUUUUUACUUCAUCGUGAUCCUCGGUAUUUUCCUGAUCCAGAUGCAUAUAAACCAGAGAGAUUUUUGCCUAAUGGUCUAAAAUAUCCUUCUUAUGCUUUUCUUCCCUUCAGUGCAGGUUCUCGUAACUGCAUAGGCUCAAAAUAUGCCAUAAUGAUGGUAAAAGUUCUUAGCCUCUUUGUAUUAAAAAAUUUCCAUGUGAUAUCUUUAGAUGCUGAAGAUCAACUUCGUUUUAUCAGCGAAUUAGUAUUACAUAAUGCUAAUGGACUUCGGUUAAAAAUUACACCACGAAAACAAGAAACCGAUGUAAUCAUUUUGCAAUGUAUGCAUUCAAAUAAAAAAUGUUAAAAUAACAA